UCCUUAAUUGAUAUUUUGUGCCAAAUUGAGGGGUCAAAAUGAACCUUUGUUGGUUAAGCAAGCCAGCUUUCUCAAUUCUCAGGCAACUGAAAUUCAAGCUCCAGAAUAUCUAAAUCUAAAAUGGCCGGCUCAACUACCGGCGGUAACGGUUCUUCAACUCCUCUACCGACUCCGUCUGCUCCCAAAAUCCUAUUAGCAAAGCCCGGACUCGUCACCUCUGGACCGACAGUCGGUAAGUACGGACGAUCCGAAGACGAAACGGUGCCGCAUCGCUCUCGUAUACCUGCAAUCAGCUCUCUCAAUCUCCUCUCAGAGUCUUGGGAAUUUCACAUUGACCGUUUUCUCCCCUUUUUAACUGAAAAUACGGAUUUCAUUGUGGUCGGUGUGAUUGGACCUUCUGGAGUUGGUAAAUCCACUAUUAUGAACGAGCUUUAUGGUUUUGAUUCAACUUCACCUGGAAUGCUACCACCAUUUACUGUACAAACAGAAGAUAACAGAGCAAUGGCAAGACAUUGUAGUGUUGGCAUUGAACCGAGAAUAUCGGCUGACCGGCUUAUACUGCUUGAUACGCAGCCUGUUUUUAGCCCUUCUAUAUUAGCUGAGAUGAUGAGACCUGAUGGUUCAUCCACUAUUUCAGUAUUAAGUGGUGAGAAUUUAUCUGCUGAAUUGGCUCAUGAAGUUAUGGCUAUUCAGCUUGGUGUUCUUCUAGCAUCCGUUUGUCACAUUGUGCUGGUGGUCUCAGACGGACUUCAUGAUGAUAGUAUGUGGCAGUUAAUGCUGACGGUUGAUCUGUUGAAACAUGGGAUACCAGAUCCAUCUUCACUAACAUCUUCACAUUCACAAACCUCUAAUGCUGGGCCUGAAAAAGAAAUGAAAGAGAGAACUUUUGACAGUAAAGAAUAUAUGGCUACUCCAGUUUUUGUGCAUACUAAAUUUCAAGAUCAGCAUUUUAGUCCACUUAACUUGGUGCAACUGAAAGAAGGACUGGCUCAAUAUUUCAGCUCCUCUUCAUUCGUGAGAGAGAGAUGUGGAAACGUGGGAAAAGAGGAGAUUGAUUCCGUAGCUUCUAAUCAGACUAACAAUCUUCAUUCUGCACCACUGAAUUUAUUUUUAAUCCCAGACAAGAACAGUGAUGACCUGUCAAAAGCUCAGCGUGAAAGUUACAUCUCUGCAAUUUGGAAACUGCGAGACCAGGUUUUAGCCAUGAACUGCCCUUCUUUUGCAAAGACUGUCUCAGAACGUGACUGGCUGAAAAAUUCUGCAAAGAUAUGGGAGCUUGUUAAAAAUUCUUCUAUUAUCGCAGAGUAUAGCCGGGUCCUUCAGAAUUCGGGUAUGUUUAGGAGGUAGCUACAGCAAUGUUGUCUGUACUAAUGCAAGAAGGGCAUAUAUGGUUGCUAUCUUAGUUGUCAUAGCUUUCACUGCAGCUGUGCACUUUUCCGUAGAAAUAUUGGUUCCUACAAAAUUACUAGAACCAAUUUUACGUAUUUUUUUCUGUUGUGAAAAUUACUUACAUCAAUCUUGGUUGAGCUUAUUAAUAGCCUUCGAACAUAUUUGAACUUCA